UCUUUCUCACAAACACCCCCACCAUUCCCAUUUCUGUUCUUUUUCGUGGCUUUUACAAAAUUUCUGCUAUGGCGAGGGAGCUGAAGAAAAUGGGGGUGGCGUGUGGGAUAGUGUUGCUUUUCAUCAAUAUAUGGUGCACGGCACAAGCGGCCCCUCAAGUACCAUGCUACUUCAUUUUUGGAGACUCCUUGGUGGAUAACGGCAAUAACAACCAACUCCAAUCGUUGGCGAGAGCCAACUACCUGCCAUAUGGGAUCGACUUCCCCGGCGGACCGACCGGACGGUUCUCCAAUGGAAAAACUACGGUCGACGUUAUUGCUGAGCUUUUGGGCUUUGACGAUUAUAUACCUCCCUAUGUAAGUGCAAGUGGCCAAGACAUACUCAAAGGAGUGAACUAUGCAUCAGCUGCAGCGGGAAUUAGACAGGAAACUGGGCAGCAACUGGGCGGCCGGAUUAGCUUUAGCGGGCAGGUGCAAAAUUACCAAAAUACAGUUUCACAAGUGGUAAACCUACUUGGGGAUGAAAACUCAGCUGCAGAUUAUCUAAGCAAGUGUAUAUACUCAAUUGGAAUGGGCAGCAAUGACUACCUUAACAACUAUUUCAUGCCCCUAUACUACUCCAGCAGCAACAGAUAUACACCUGAACAAUAUGCUGAUGUUCUUCUUCAAGAUUAUUCUCAGCAACUAAGGCUUUUGUAUCAGUAUGGAGCAAGGAAAAUGGUCUUGUUUGGACUUGGUCAAAUAGGGUGUAGCCCCAAUGAGUUGGCUCAAAAUAGCCCUGAUGGGUCAACAUGUGUGCAAAGAAUCAAUUCUGCCCUCCAAAUAUUCAACAACAAGUUGAAAUCUCUUGUCAAUGAUCUCAACAGCAAUCUUGCAGAUGCAAAAUUUAUCUUUGUUGACUCUUACGGGAUUUUCCAAGAUAUCGUUAGCAGCCCUUCAUCUUAUGGUUUCCGGGUUACGAAUGCCGGGUGCUGCGGUGUAGGGAGGAACAAUGGGCAGAUUACAUGUCUGCCAUAUCAAACACCAUGCCAGAACAGAGAUGAGUACCUCUUUUGGGAUGCUUUUCAUCCAACUGAGGCAGGGAAUGCAAUUGUAGGGAGGAGAGCUUAUAAUGCUCAGUCUGCAUCAGAUGCUUACCCAGUUGAUAUCAGCAGAUUAGCCCAGCUCUGAAGAUGGAGAUUAUGGGUACUGCUGUUGCAGCAUGAGAUAGAAAUUAAGCUAUUGAUAAUAUUUUUCUUGCUAUGAAUUGAACCUAAGAUUUGUGUUUGUGGAGAAGUGUGGAGUUUUGUUUAAAGCUUAGUACAAGUAUAGUUGGAGAUUUUGGCUUGCAUCAUCCCUAUGUAGUUAAUGAUUCUGUUGAAAAAAAUGUGUGAACUUUAAUGCCAAUAAGAGAAAAUAAUGUUGAACUUUCAA